AUGGACUCGGUCGCCCAUCGGCCAUGGGAGCAUGUGUCGUCCGGUCCUGCGACACCCGCGGCCUCGGCCCAAACCCUUCCCUCGAUCUCGACCCUCACAGCGAACAUGAACGGCGCAGGGCAUACCCAGGACAAAUCACCCGGCAAUUCGUCCUUGAAUACCAUUGAGCGAGAUUCAGGGAAUUGGUCCAUGCCACAGAGCACAAGAUCUUCCACCUACUCGACCACAACCAAUGGGACCGGGAACAACUAUCCCUCUCUGACCUUCCUGACCUCAACAUCCCAACCAUCCCCCAAUCGAGGACACAUUGCGCCGGACCGGUCACCAUACGGCCACGAGCAAUCCACAACUCCUUCUUCAGCCGGCGCGCAACAAUCCUCGCCCAAUUUCAAUUCGUCGCAACACAAUUCUGCUCUGCCUUCCAUCAACCAAAACUACGAUGCAUCAUCUCAACGAGGAAGUGUGAUUGAGAUUCCUGAGUCGAGACGCAGCAGUGUCGACAGCCGCAUGAACCAGGGCAUUAGUUCGCUGGCCAUCAACCCGGCCUCGCCAUACCAUAGCACCAAUGCCUCCCAGUCCUCAAUAGUGUCCAGUCUCCAGCGGGAACGGGGGAUUGCAACUGAUAUGAACUCUUACCGGGGGCCUCGAUACUCCGGGGGUAGUCAACCUCUAUCUCCCUUGGGACCUCGCCCCAAUGACUACCGAGGGUUCGCAGCAGGGCGAACUGCUCCGGCCAUCUCAUCCAAUCCGCGAUCCGAUAUCUAUAAUGCUGAGGCACCUACAGCCGGUAUGGCUUAUGCUUUCCCCGACCCAGAUGUGGCUCGAUCAAGUUCAAUCUCAUCCACCGAGAAGUCCAACCCACCAUUCUCGCGAAAGGGCAGCACCGCGGAGUCGCUUAAUAGCAUGUACUCUGAGUCGCACAUCUCCAGAGGACAGCACGAACUACCACAGAAUGUACACCAUCAUCAUUCGUUACAGCAUAAGCAAGUGCGUGAUCUGAUCGGGGAAGCGGAGGCCUCGGGAGCCAACACACCAUAUAGUCGGACCCCGGAAUUACGUGUCACGCAUAAAUUGGCAGAGCGCAAGCGACGAAGCGAGAUGAAAGACUGUUUCGAAGCGUUACGCAUGCGUCUUCCACAGCCCCAAAAUAACAAGUCCAGCAAAUGGGAGACGCUCUCUCGGGCCAUCGAUUAUAUCACUGGUCUUGAGAAGAAUAUAGGCCAAAUUCGUCGAGAGGUUUCAGUGUUGCGGACGGAGAACGAAGAGCUCCGCGCUCAAUUACAGCAACAGACCAACGGCGCCUCUCGAACACCCUCGAUAUUUGAGCAUCACCCAAUGUCCGCGACACCGACCAAUGGGCAGGCCCCGCCACCGGUGUUUUCGGGCUUUGGUAAUGGCUCUGUGGUAGGCCAGGAUCAGCCUCGUACGCUCCCACCACUGAUGAAUGGUUCGGUUGCUCCGAUGCAGGGCAUUCAGUAUACCGACGAGCGACGAUAA